AUGGCUCUUUACCAUGGUCUACUCCUAGCUUGGGAGCUAAACAUCAAAGACUUGCAGUGUUAUUCCGACUCCGCGACUGCUAUCAAAUUGAUUACCGAACCUGUUGACAAGUGGCAUCACUAUGCAGCUAUUAUCCUUACUAUCAAGGACAUCAUCGCCAGAGAUUGGAGAGUCGGAAUUUCCCACACUUUGAGAGAGGGUAAUGCUUGUGCAGACUACCUAGCUAAGCUUGGAGCUCGUAACAAUGAAGUCUUGUCCAUCAUAGUCAGUCCACCUGUUGGAUUAAAUUUGCUCCUUCUUGCUGAUGCAAGUGGGACUUGUUUUUGUAGAUAG